UGACUAUCACAUGAGUUCCACAAGGAUAAUGGAUUAUAAAUUGCGAGAUGCUGAAGGAUGUGGUGAGGACAAUUCAGGAAAGAAAAAGUCAAAGUUCAAAUCUUUCAAAAAGUUCUUUGGGAAAAGGAAAAGGAAAGAGACCUUACCAUCUUCGGGGAGCAUCACUCUGAAACCAUGCCAGUCAGCUAGUGAUGUCACAGUCCCAGAGUCCAUGCACAUUGACUAUGAUUCUGAAGAUGAACUUGAGACCCACACAGGUAUUAUGGGAAGCAGAGCGUUAUCACAUGACAGCAUUUUCAUUUCUGAGCCCGUGCAAGAGCCUGCUAGGCCCGUACGAGUGUUUUCUCAGGAAAACGUUUCCGAUCGGAUUAGAGCUUUGCAGUUGAAACUCCAACAUAGCAUGAAACUGGGGCCGCCUCCUCCAUUUGGAAUUCAUGCAAAGCGGAUAGAUGAUGCUGGGACUAGCUCUGAAGAUGAUGGGUUACCCAGGAGUCCUCCAGAAAUAUCUUUGCUACAUGAAAUUCUAAGUUCCAGCACAGCAACAAGGUUCUCUGACUCUCACAAGCACCCUAGCUCUUUGAGUUUAGCUGGAACAGGCAGUGAAGAAGAAGAACAGGUCACUUCAGGUCCUUCUUCUAGGCCCCGCUCUACAGAAGGCCAACUAUUCCCUAGGCAUGCAAGUGCUAAAACUAUAUCUCCCCGAACAUCUGACAGCAGCAUCUCGCCUGCAGCUGAUUUUGACACUCCGCCUGAAUUCUCCACUUGCUUAGAUAAUUCUGCUGCUAAACACAAGCUUUUAAUAAAACCACGGAACCAGAGAUCUAGUAAAAUGAGAAGACGUCCUUCGCGGACCCACUCAGAGUCUCUGAAUGACUUGAGCUGCACCCCAGAAGAAGAGGAGCACGAUGGAAGAGAGAUGCUGACAGACUUGACAUGUGAAGUCUUCACCACCAGCCUUCAGAAAUUGACAAACAGCACAGCUGUGACAAGUGACGUGGCCUCCUGGCAGAGACCUGAAAUGCCUAAAGACUUUCCCCAUGGCUCGAGACACAGAGACGAAAGGCCUCCCACACGGCAGUUCACUUCUGAGUCUGCCAUUGUACAGGAAGUCUCGUUACAUGAGAAUAAUCCUGACAGCUGCCAAACUACACUGGAAUUAACACAUUCUGAGUCAGAUUAUCCUUCUUCUUUAGAGCCUAAAGAAAACGUAAUCACCCUGUAUCCCCCUCCAGAUAGAGAAGCACAAAGGGAAAAAGAGCCCCCUGGAACACUAAGUGUGUCCACCGGGAACGUAUGUGAUGUGUCAGUUAAUACUUUAAAUCAAGAAAAUAAACAGUUUGUUAAUGGAUCUUCAGUGAAUAACCUGCUCUCUGAAGAGUAUACUUCAACCAAUACUGGCAGUUUUUCUUGUGUGGGAGGGCCAGAAAAAAAUGUACAGAAGGAUGGUCAGAUACCCAUGGCAACUUCCUGUAAUAAGGAAACAAAGGAGUCUGCAGCAUUGCCAGCUUCCAGCAAGCAGUUACCUGAAGGGUCUUCUCAGCUCUCAGACUCACCCUGUGUUUCCUCUGAUAUCCCACAGCCUGCUUUGUCAUCACAGCUGGGGUCAUCUGCUUCCUGGUCUCUGGAGCAAACUACGCCCACUCAAGAACUAGCUGCAUCUGACAAGGAAAACAAUCAGUCCCUGGGACACAGGGAGGCAAUUUUGGGGGAAAAAACGGAGAAAGCUGUCAAUGAACUCAGCACCUUGCGAAAAUUUUCAGUGUCAUCAGCACGGGAGAGACCAGGGGCUGGCAGCCUCCACCUGAAAGAAAACUCAGAAUGUGAAAGUCCAUUAAAUACCAAAUUCCCCCUGUCAAAAACCAAGCUCUCCUCAAGAAAUGAGAAGUUGAAAGAGGAUGUGCAGGUGGGCUCGGAUCUACAGGAGGAAAAAAAUAGCAUUAAAAAGCAGGUGUCGCUGGCAGAUUCUGACUCUGAGGUCACGGGCAAAGCAGCAGACACAAUGGUGUCUGGCUGUGUUUCUCAGGCCAUUGAUGCAAUUCCAGUGGUAUCCCAGUGCCAACCAGGCAGUGAAGAUAAAAGUCCUUUUCAAGUAAAGCUUAGGUCCACUUCACUGUCCUUGAAAUACAGAGACAGCUCUUCACCAGAAUCAAAGGGGUUUAAAAGAUACAGUGCAGAAAUUAAUUUUGAAAAAGAGGGAUUGGCAUCACUUCUAAAAGGUGAAAAGGCACAGAUCAAAAAAUCAGCUGAUGUAAAUAUCAAUGGCUCUGUGAAUGACAACAUAAAAUCUAAAACAAAGUCCUCUGAACAGCUUAGCACAAAACCUCCAUUGCCUAGAAAGCCUGUUUUGCAAAAUGUAACUAAUGCAAACAGUAACAUGGAAAAGCAGGAAAAAGUCACAAAAUCUCCUGAAUCCAGAAGUAAAGACAGAGACUUGGAGAAAAAAUCAUGUCCUUCAAAAGUGCCUGAGAAGACUGUGCCUUCCCCAGUGAUUACAGCAGACUCUGCAGGAGGAACUGACAGCCAGUCAAAGCCAGCCUGGAUUACUAUAGCAAGACAGAAGCACAGGGACAUUCAACAGGAGCCAGAGCCUACUAAAGAAGAGAAACUUGUGGCUCAGGAUGUUAAGUCAGACACAGAAAAACAAAAUAAGGAGAAGAAAAGAAUGGAGGGGUCAAUGAAGCAACAAGCAGACUUCAUCAGGAGCAAACCUUCACAUUUAGCACCUAAAACUUCUUCUGAAGAACAGAGGAAUGAGACAAAGUCUGACGUGAACGAGCCACUGCCAAGAGCCAACUCGCUGUCGCAUCAUGUCCCUGCUCAAUCCUCAGUGCUGACAGAGAAAGAAGAAAUGAACCAGUUUAAGAAAGUCAGUCACUCUGCUCCAGAUCAGCCAUCAUGGAUGGAACUUGCCAAAAAGAAAUCCCAAGCUUGGAGUGAUAUGCCACAGAUUAUAAAAUAGGGUGAUACAUCUCAGACCAAUAGUAUAUGCUAUUUUGGAUAAUUCAGUAGUCCACGUAAUUGAACUUCUGUAGAUUAGUUAAUCACAAUGAAGAAUCUAUGGUACGUCAGAAGGGUUUUGUUAUAAAGCUUUGAAAAAAGAGUGCAAUAAGUGCCGUCAACAAGUUUACCGUAAACCGUCUGUAGCAAUCAGGAUGGUACUAGAAAUGGUUUAAGAAUAAUCUACUUUAAGGACAUACCCACCAACUUAGAAAAACAUUCUGCCUAUAUACAUUGUGUAUUCCCCCCAAUUAAAUUUGCAUAAAAUGAGUAUUUUUGUUAAAUCUUGUUGAACUUUUUGUUGCAAACAUUGUUACACCGCUCAUUAUCUAUUUGUGUAUUGUCCACUAUCAGAUCAUGAUAAUAUAAAUCUGUUUUACUGGUGUUAUCUGACAGACACUCUUUAAAGAUGUUUGGGCCAAUGAGGUAUUCAUGACUUGUUUUUAUUGAGUACUCUAUCAGAUAUUCAGAAUUUGCUGUUUGAACUGUGUGAUUGGUUAGCUGAGUCACAUGGUAUGGUUUCUGUCUUCUGAUUUAAUUCCUGAGGCAUAAAUAAACUUGUUUGUGCAUGAAAAUUAAUAAAAAUUCCUCCUGAAAUACUUGCCUGAACAAAACUGGCUGCACAAACGGGCACAGAAAAGCAGAGGAAACAAAUGUGUUCGGAUUGAAUUGGAAUCCCAUGUAUGUAUUCAUGAAUGCUCGUGUCUAGAAUUCACCCAGAUGCGGGUGUUCUGUUUUUUAUGGGAAUUCAUCAUGUUGGUUUGUGGCACCAUAUUUAGUGGCAAUGGAUCUGUUUAUGAUAUCAAAGAUGAAGAUUAUGAAUUCAGAUAAAGAUUAACGAGUCAGGGUAUGGGACUUGUUGAGCCCAAACUCAAAUGUUACAAAACCAGGAACAGAACAGUUAAGGUGCUUCUUCAAAUACAAUACAACCUCACAGCCUUAACUCUGCCCUCAUCUGAAUGGCAAAAGGGAGUGGGAAUAGCACAGUAUGUUUACAAGCUGUAAAAAUACUAUUUUCAUUGUGCCCACUGCUACUUCAAAUCAGGAUCCCUGUUUAUGCAGUUUCAUGGGCACCUCUGCUGGUUGUGUAGCAACAUUGACACGGGGAAGUGGUUGCUGCUGGUUGGUAGAGAUCACGCUGACCUUAUUGUACUUCCUCUCUUCCUGCUGUACAAUCACAAAGAACCUAACAACAAUCCAUUAGGAAAUUUCCUAAAAUUAGUAUCCUGCUGUUAAGGGAAACAGUCUCUCCUCCCAUAAAAACACUAGAGCAGCGGUUCUCAGACUGUGGAUUGGGACCCCAAAGUGAAUGGUGACCCCAUUUUAAUGAGGUCACCAGAG